CCAAUUUUUAUGAACGCGCCUCGGGUUGUCAGUGCAGUUACUAUAGAAACGUCAUGAGUCCGUAUAGGUAGCUAAUAUUUGCGCGUUGAAAACAGCAUUGCUUCGUGUAGGGCUUGUAUAUUUGACCAAAAUGGAGGAUCGGUACGCCUUUUUGGCUGAGUGGUAUGACCCUACUGCAGCCCUCCUACGGCGCUACCAACUGUUCUACUACCCUAAAGAUGGAGCCGUGGAAAUGUUUGAUGUAAAAAACCAGCGAAUAUUUUUGAGAAGGACCAGAUGUGAUGAGCUCCAUCAAGAGGACCUGUUUGUGGGGAAUCGAGUAAAUGUGUUCUCACGGCAGCUUAAUUUAAUUGAGUAUGGUGAUCAGUUCACAGCAAACAAACUUGGCAGCAAAAAAGAAAGAACACUUGCUCUGAUAAAGCCAGAUUCUGUUACCAAGGUUGGAGAUGUCCUUGAAUUGAUACACAGUUCCAACUUGAUUGUGACCAAAGCUAAAAUGGUAAAGCUGACAUGGAGUCAAGCGGCAGACUUUUAUGUGGAACAUCAGUCAAAGCCUUUCUUUAAUAACCUUGUGCAGUUCGUGUCCUCAGGCCCUGUGGUUGCCAUGGAGCUGAUGGGUGAUGAGGCCGUCUCUAUCUGGAGGAGGCUCUUGGGACCUGCAGACUCUGCCACUGCUCGGAAGGAGGCCCCGCACUGUGUCCGUGCCCAGUUUGGAACAGAUGGCAUCAAAAAUGUUGGACAUGGCUCUGACUCACUUGCUGCAGCAGCACGAGAACUUGAAUUUUUCUUCCCGUCCACAAUUGGCCACGGUCCCUCCAAUACAGCUGUCUUUACCAACUGCACAUGCUGCAUCAUCAAACCUCAUGCAGUCUCUGAGGGUCUGACUGGGAAGAUCCUGAACUCUAUUUCUUCAGCUGGAUUUGAAGUCUCAGCCCUUCAGAUGUUCAAUGUGGACCGGGCAAAUGCAGAAGAAUUCUAUGAAGUUUAUAAAAGUGUUGUUCCAGAGUAUCCUAGUAUGGUAACUGAGCUGUGUUCUGGACCCUGCAUUGUCCUAGAGAUCAGUGGCACUGACAUACCGCAGACCUUUAGAGAAUUCUGUGGACCAGCUGAUCCAGAAAUUGCGCGUCAUCUUCGUCCAUCUACACUACGUGCUCUUUACGGCAAAGACAAAGUGAAAAACGCAGUCCACUGCACAGACCUCCCUGAAGACGGUGUUCUGGAGGUGCAGUAUUUCUUCAAGAUUUUGGACGUAUGAAUGUGGAAGAGGAAAAUAUUUAACUCCAUAUUCAAAGACUUCACAGUUGUCUUAUUUUUCGGUUUAUUGUUUCAGCCUUAUGCAGAUUAAAUAAAGUGACAAGAGCAGACUCCUGACAGGUGUUUUGAUCUUCAACAUUGAAUUAAGUAUUUUCACACCAACUAAACAUCUUAUUACACGGGAUACUGCAUUGCCUCUGAUAAUCUAACUUUUGACCAGCGCCUUUGGUAUUGGAUUCAUUACAUUACACUUUGAAAAAAAUGUACAACUGCAUAAAUAUAAAAUUCUUCCACCAUGAAAAUGGCUAAAACAUUCAAUAGUAAGUUGCAUCACGUCACUGUGAUGUCUCCAGCAAAACAGAUUUAAAAGCACUGAGUUGCCACUGUUUCCAUGGAGGUGACAGUCUUCUAGGCUGGACCCACAAAGCUCUACACUAUGAAUUAAGAAUAAACAGAUGUAAGAGUAUUAAACAGAAAUGUCGUCAAACCAUAUCCUACAGCUAAGGUGAACAACAAAGAAAAGGUACAAAUGUAUCCUUCCACAAUCAUCUUGAACAACUUGGUAAAGAAACAC